GCCACGAGGAUAAGCAUAUUCGCUAUAUCAAAGUACCGAAACUUGAACUUUACCUAGGUAGUCUUGAUAUCAAACCAGCCACCAAUUACACAACUUUGGUGCUACCGACAACGGCAGACUCAGCUUCGGGCGGCCAGUCGAAAGCAUCUGACGUUUCUCAGCGAUAUAGGCCAGCAAGAUCUUUCAGUGGAGACUAUAUGUCGCUCUUGUUGAGUUCUAAUUCUUUUUCGUUACUCUAAUACUCUUUUACUAGUUGGCUCUGGACUCUUUAUCUCAAGAGCUGCCCGCGUGUCGAUCUAGAAGUACUGCAUAUAAAUUACACCAGUUGUUCUUCUUCGUCAUAAAUUAUGCCGCACGUUGCAGAUUCAUCGCCCCUCAUUCCUCUAUACGUCAACGACGGGCUGCUAAGACCUGAGCAAGUUGGCUCUCUUCGUCACUCGUCCCCGCAUGAACCUCUGGAUGAUCUGCGUCGGCGGUACGGACACGAUGGCUACCUUUUCUUGAAGGGCCUCCUGCCACGGGAAGACGUACUCAAGGCUAGAGAGGCAUAUUUUACCCUUCUGGCCCCCAGCGGUGUGCUUGCACCUGGAACUCUUCCAGUAGAAGGGGUUUUCGAUAAGGACAAGGAUAAAUUGGAUUUCCCUGGAAUGGUAACUGGGUCAACCGACGGGAAUGGGCGUCCUCGAGGAGGUCGUUUUGUUGAUCUUGCAUUGCAAGCUCAUGAGGAACCUUGGUAUAAAGAUGAGUUUUGUAAACACCCAACACUCCACUCGUUUAUCAGCAAGUUCACGGGAUGGGGUGAUAAUACUCUUGGGCUUACCAGGUCCCUCUUGAGAAACAACACGCCGCAAAACAAGGCAAUAGGUGUGCAUUAUGACCAGAUUUUCCUCCGAUAUGGCGAGGACACCAGCAUGACUGCUUGGGUACCCAUGGGCGAUAUCGCCUUAGACGGUGGUGGUCUCAUUUACCUAGAAGGAGGCCAUACUCUCGGUCGAGACAUCGAGACAUCUUUCUAUGAUCUUGCUAAGGAGACCGGGCUUUCCGAAGAAGAGACGAGGAAUGCAUUUAAUAAAAACAUGAUGAGUGGAGGGUUGCUUGCAGACGGGCCGAAGGAGUUUUCCGAAGCGCAUGGACGAAAAUGGCUUACUACGAACUACGAGGCUGGGGACGUUGUUCUUCAUACACCAUACACGAUUCACGCCUCGACAAUAAACAAGGACCCGAACAAUGUUAUUCGUCUUGGUACAGACUUGAGAUUUGUCGACUCUUCCCGGCCAUACGAUAGGCGUUGGUCAAAUGUGUAUACGUUCGGAGAUGGUGUAUAGUAGAUUUAAUAGGCGGUUAAGCGGCUAGCACAUCGGCAUCGCUUGGAAGCAGGACCCAUGCCAGCAAAUAAAACCGAGCUGUAUCGGCCAAUAGUCAGGUUCCAACAGUUCAUACAGAUUGAAAUAUAUAAAUUGGCAUCAUCACCCCUAUAUA